GCAAAUUCCUCCUAUAUGAGCUGUGGUUUCAACACCGCCCUUCUCGUCUCUUUCUCUUUCUCUCUCUCUCUUUCUUCAUCUUCAUUACCCAAUUCCUCAAAUUCUCCCUUCUUUCUCUGUCUCUCGGAAUAAGAGAAGAGAAAGGUCCUCUCUUUUUUCUCGAAAGGUGAUUACUUUAAGGUUUGGAUUAUAUCUAUUGCGGAGUAGGAUCUGUUUUAAUUUUGGUAGCUGCUAGAGGGAUUUCUCAUUUAGAGUGUGUGUAUUUAUACAUCUGAUCAAAGAUAUGAGUCGUAGGGUGCGGCAGAGAGUGGAGGAAAAAGGAAAGAACAAGCUUGAGUCACCAAGUUAUCGUUAUCCUCUGAUUGGUAACGACGAGGAUGUUGCACCUAAGGUUGAAGAUUAUGCGGAUUGGACUAGUUUGCCUUAUGAUACAGUACUUUAUCUGUUUACUCGAUUGAAUUAUCGCGAUAGAGCUAGCUUAGCAUCCACUUGUAGGACAUGGAGAAGCCUUGGUGCUUCUUCUUGUCUGUGGAAUUCGUUGGAUCUUCGUGCUCACAAGUUUGAUCUUUCGAUGGCACCUACUCUUGCAACUAGGUGUGCUCAUCUUCAGAAGAUUAGGUUUCGUGGCGUUGACUCUGCUGAUGCCAUCAUUCAUUUGAGAGCAAGGAAACUGCUUGAAAUUAGCGGCGACUAUUGUAGGAAGAUUACGGAUGCUACAUUGUCUAUGAUUGCUGCACGACAUGAAGCUCUUGAGAGCCUUCAACUUGGACCUGACUUCUGUGAGAAGAUCACUAGUGAUGCUAUAAGAGUUAUAGCAUUUUGCUGUCCUAAACUGAAAAAGCUACGGGUUUCUGGCAUGAGGGAUAUUACUUCUGAGGCUAUAGAGUCUUUGGCGAAACAUUGUCCACAGCUCAGUGAUCUUGGAUUCAUAGAUUGUCUGAACAUUAACGAAGAAGCACUGGGAAAAGUUGUGUCUGUUCGCUACCUCUCUGUUGCCGGGACAACAAACAUAAAGUGGAAAGUUGCAUUAGAUAACUGGGAGAAGCUACCAAAAUUGACCUGUUUGGAUGUCUCCAGAACCACCAUUGACCAUAUUGCAGUUUCGCGGUUGUUGAAAUCAUCGCAGAGCUUGAAAGUUUUGUGUGCUUUAAACUGCCCUUUUCUCGAAGAGGAUAAAAGUUUCAGCUCCAAUAAAUUCAAAGGGAAGGUCUUGCUUGCUAUGUUUACCAAUACUUUUGAUGAGCUGGCUUCUAUAUUUGCCGACAACUCAAAGAAACCAAAGGAUAUAUUUGCUUACUGGAGAGAUUUGAUUAAAAAGGAUAAAAGCAUCGAUGAAAUAAUGCUUUGGAUUGAGUGGAUCAUUUCUCAUACACUUCUACGAAUUGCAGAGAGCAGUUCACAAGGAGUUAACGAUUUCUGGCUGAAUCAGGGAGCUACAUUGCUUCUUAGUUUAAUGCAAAGCACACAAGAGGAUGUCCAAGAGCGAGCAGCCACAGGACUUGCAACUUUCAUCGUUGUUGAUGAUGAGAAUGCUAGUAUAGACUGUGGAAGAGCCGAAGCAGUUAUGCGAGAUGGAGGGAUCCGACUUCUUCUAGAACUUGCUAAAUCUUGGCGAGAAGGUCUUCAGUCAGAAGCUGCAAAGGCUAUUGCAAACUUGUCAGUAAAUGCUAAAGUUGCAAAGGCCGUUGCCGACGAAGGAGGGAUCAGUGUUCUUGCUGGUUUGGCAAAGUCUAUGAAUAGACUUGUGGCUGAAGAAGCUGCUGGUGGGCUAUGGAAUCUCUCUGUUGGAGAGGAGCAUAAGAACGCGAUUGCUCAAGCUGGAGGAGUGAAUGCGUUAGUCGAUCUUAUCUUUAGAUGGCCAACUGGCUGUGAUGGAGUUCUGGAACGUGCUGCUGGGGCGUUAGCGAACUUAGCAGCAGACGACAAAUGCAGCACGGAAGUUGCAAAAGCAGGAGGUGUUCAUGCCUUGGUGAUGUUAGCUCGGAAUUGCAAGUAUGAAGGGGCUCAAGAACAGGCGGCUCGUGCUUUGGCUAAUCUAGCUGCUCAUGGUGAUAGCAACAAUAAUAAUGCUGCUGUUGGACAAGAGGCUGGUGCAUUAGAUGCUCUUGUUCAGCUUACGCAAUCGCUACAUGAUGGUGUUAAACAGGAAGCUGCUGGCGCUCUUUGGAAUUUAUCAUUCGAUGACAAGAAUCGAGAAUCCAUUGCUGCAUUUGGUGGUGUUGAAGCCUUGGUGGCACUUGCGAAGUCCUGUUCAAAUGCAUCCACAGGUCUCCAAGAGAGAGCAGCUGGUGCUCUUUGGGGACUAUCUGUCUCAGAAGCAAACAGCAUUGCAAUUGGUCGUGAUGGUGGUAUACCGCCUCUGAUUGCUCUUGCAGGAUCUGAAGCUGAGGAUGUACAUGAAACUGCUGCAGGAGCUCUGUGGAAUCUUGCUUUUAACCCUGGUAACGCUCUGCGGAUUGUGGAGGAAGGGGGAGUUAAAUCACUUGUUCACCUCUGCUUGACUUCUGUUUCCAAAAUGGCUCGUUUCAUGGCAGCAUUAGCAUUGGCUUACAUGUUUGAUGGAAGGAUGGAUGAAUACGCGAUGAUAGGGACUUCAUCGGAAAGUGCAUCUAAAAGUGUUACCUUAAAUGGUGCUAGAAUGAUGGCUCUUAAACACAUUGGAGCAUUUAUUAAAACUUUCAUGGAGCACCAAAUCUUUACAGGUGGUGCUUUAUCAUUUGCUCCAUCUAUGUUAGCACAAGUCGCAGAGAAAGCUCGAAUCCCAGAAGCUGGCCACUUGAGAUGCAGUGGUUCCGAAAUUGGAAGAUUUGUUGCAAUGUUGCGAAACCAUGAUGAUACACUCAAAGCUUGUGCAGCUUUUGCGCUUCUUCAGUUUACAAUACCUGGAGGUCGUCACGCAAUGCAUCACGCAAGCUUGAUGCAGAACGCUGGAGAAGCAAGAGCCUUGCGUUCUGCAGCUGCAGCUGCGAAUGUGCCUCGUGGAGCCAGGAUCUUUGCGAAAAUUGUGCUUCGCAAUCUCGAGCAUCAUCAGGCAGAAUCUUCUAAAGGAAAGAAAGUAUCUUAUAAUAGGAUUUGAUCCUUUUUCUUAGCAAAUCAUAGUGAUAGAAUACCUCUGCAUCUCUCGAACUAUACAAGUCAAGCUUCAGGCUCAUGCUGCAAAGAAUCAGAAUUUGCCUCAGAAGAUGUUUGAUUGGAUUGAAGACAGAAAGCUGUUGUGAUAUAUAUAUGUGGACUUAUGUUUCUUUGUCUCGUUCGGAGAUUUUCUGUAAUAACAUCAAUGGCGUUCUUACAUCCCUUUUUCUUUUAAGGCUCUAUCCAUUUCUUGUGACAUAUAUAUUUGACAUUUUAUCAUUAAUAUAAGAACCUUUUGAGAAGGAUUUUGGAAUA